AUGUCAUCGUUUUCAGCGGCGUCGGAAAAUGCUGGGACCAUUGACGGACCCUUUGAAUACAUUACUUCUCACGAGGCCUCAGAGAAUCUGAGACACGCUCUUUGUAUCUGGGCUAUCGCUAUAUUUAGCGCAUCGAAUGUUGCAUAUCACGCCCUUCGAUUCUAUCUGGUGGUCAAGACGAUUUUCGUUAAACUUUUUAUCUCUGCUAUGGGAACGAAACACAGACAGCGCGUUAAGCGUAGGAAUUUGCUUAGUAAAAAGCAUCCGCCUUCUAUUUCGAGCCCCUUACCAAAUGUGCUAUUUUUACUCUUUUCUGCGUGUGCCUUGAGAUGGAUUUUGUCUGCGCAUUCGGGUUUCCCUUUGAGUUUGAAGCGUCGAAUGGACUUGACUUUGAACACCCCGAUACCCUAUUGGUAUGGACAAGAUUCUGGUCUGGAUCUACCUCCCUUGGCGGGUUAUCACAGCUAUUUAUUAGCGCAAGUGUCUGCGAACGUCACUCCAAAUAUUUUUACGAGGAAUCAAAACACUGUCGAAGACGAAAUAUUUGUGAGGGCGGCGACUUUAUUGACGGAUGCUUUUGUGAUGUUUCCUGCGGUCAUUUCAUUGUUAGAGCCUCGUUUUUCUGCCUUGGCGCUAUGCCUUCCUGCAGUAUUGUUGACGGACUACGUGCUUUAUGGAUUCAGUUGCGUAUCCCUCGGGCUGUCCUUCCUCACAUUCCGCGCGGCCAAAUCCAAGAAAGUGGUUCAAAUGGCUUUUUGGUACUCGAUGGCGAUUAACUUCAAGGGCUCGGUUAUUUACUUCGCUCUUCCAAUUGUCACAUAUGCGCUGUCGCUGUGCUUGGGAGAAGGGAUUUUUCCAGGACUAUCGGCGAUACUCGUUAUGGGGCUAGCAUUUGGCGUUAUUUGGGUGCCGUGGCUAUGUGGGAAUUUGGACGCUGUCGGUUGUAUACUACAUAGGCUGGCGAACGUUGACGAAACUUUUGUUGGGGUAAAGCUCGCAAACGUCUGGAGUUUGAUGACGCCGGAAGUGCAGAACGAGGAAACACUGUGCUAUACUGCGCUUUUUCUGGUUUUAUCUGUGUGUUUUCACGUGGCGUUGCAUCCGGAUUAUGACACUUUGAAGUUAGCGGUUGUCAACACACUUCUGGCUUGGCUUUUAUUCGCGUGUCAUCCGUCCACCUGGUUGCUUGUGUUAGCCAUGUCUGCUGCCUUAUUCGAUGAAUUUCCUGGAUUCGGUGUUUUCUUGGUGCUGACGGCAACAUCGAACAUGUUCGUGGCGUUUAUAGAUUAUUUUUGGGCUUAUUUCGGGCUUGUCAUGGUGUAUGUUGGUUCGGCGCACAUUGUCACGCCUGGAAUGAACUGGAUAAUGUGGAUCGCCUUUUUGUUCGGGCAGAGUUUGAACCUCUGCCGUCUCUUCGAUCCUGUAUUCGAAGAGAUGUGCCCACUUUACAAUUUCAUCUGCCUCGUUGCCGCGUUCCUAUUCUUGUAUAAUUCUCAGCUUCGAUCGAAGCAGAACAAAAAUCAAGAUUUCGAAGCCGUUCUCAUUCAGUGA